AUGGAGUACGGCGGUGGUGGUGGUGGUGGCAGUUCUACUGGUGGUGAUUCUUCCGAUAAAAAGAAACGUUACCAUCGUCAUACGGCUCUUCAAAUUCAGAUUCUUGAAUCGACUUUUAAUGCAUGUCCACACCCUGAUGAGAAAACAAGAAUGCAACUAAGUAGAGAGUUGGGUUUAGCACCAAGACAAAUUAAGUUUUGGUUUCAAAAUAGAAGAACCCAAAUGAAGGCACACCACGAACGCGCUGACAACUGCGCAUUGAGAGCCGAAAAUGACAAGAUACGAUGCGAAAACAUUGUGAUAAGAGAGGCCUUAAAAAAAUUGGUUUGCCCAACUUGUGGAGGCCCUCCUAUUGGUGAAGAUUGUUACUUUGAUGAACAAAAACUUAGAUUCGAAAAUGCCCAGUUGAAAGAAGAGUUGGAUAGAGUAUCUAGUAUUGCAGCCAAGUACAUAGGUAGACCAAUGUUGCAACUUCCACCAGUACAGCCAAUUCACAUGUCUUCACUUGACUUAUCAAUGGCUAGUAGUUAUGGUGGAGGUGGUGGUACAUCGAGUCGUAUGAUGAUGAUGAAUCAUCCCGGUUCUUCUUUAGAUCUUGAUCUUUUUACUGGUUCUGCGAUUGGUGCAUCAUCUAGCACAAGCAAUCCUGACCCUUUGUUUCAACAUCCUGUGCAUCUUUCCGAUAUGGACAAGUCUUUAAUGGCAGAUAUUGCUACUAAUGCCAUGGAUGAAUUGAUUAGGCUUGUGCAGACUAACGAACCGUUGUGGACAAAGGGUAGUAGUAAGGAUGGGAUGGAAAUCCUCAAUCUUGAUAACUACAAGAGGGUUUUCCCGCGGCCUAGUGAUACUUUGAAGAACCCAAAUAUUAGAACUGAAGCGUCUAAGGCUUCUAGUGUUGUGAUGAUGAAUAGUUUGCAAUUGGUCGACAUAUUUCUUGAUUCGAACAAAUGGGUCGAACUGUUUCCAUCAAUCGUGUCAAAAUCAAGAACGAUUGAAGUAAUCUCAUCAGGAAUGUUGGGUUCUCAAAGUGGCUCUUUACAACUGAUGUAUGAGGAAUUACAGGUGCUUUCGUCACUAGUUCCUACCAGACAGUUUUAUCUCCUGCGCUUUGUUCAGCAAAUUGAGCAAGGCUCUUGGGCGGUUGUCAAUGUUUCCUAUGAAGUUCCUCAGUAUAGUUCAUACAUUAACUCUCGAUUCAAAGCACAUCGCCUUCCUUCAGGAUGUUUGAUUCAAGAUAUGCCAAAUGGUUACUCAAAGGUCACAUGGGUUGAACAUACGGAAGUAGAAGAAAUUGCCCUGAUUGACCGGCUUUAUAGAGAUUUUAUUCACAGUGGUUUGGCAUUCGGAGCCAAACGAUGGAUAUCUUGUCUUCAAAGGGCAUGCGAAAGAAGCGCUUCUUUGAUGAUGAAUAAUGCUCCCUCCCAUGAUCUUGGAGGAGUUAUUCCAUCGCCCGAAGGCAAGAGAAGUAUGAUGAAGCUAUCACAAAGAAUGGUAACAAACUUUUGUUCAAGCAUAAAUCCAUCUAAUGGAAAUCAAUGGACAUCUCAUUCUGGUAUGAAUGAGUUUGAGGUCCGAGCCACAUUACACAAAAGCACAGAUCCUGGUCAGCCUAAUGGCAUGGUCCUUAGUGCUUCUACUACCAUUUGGCUCCCGGUUUCUCCCCAAAACGUCUUUGAUUUCCUUAGAGACAGCAGGACUAGACCACAGUGGGACGUUCUGUCGAACCAAAAUCCAGUACAAGAAGUAGCACAUAUAUCAAACGGGUCGCAUCCUGGGAAUUGUAUAUCUGUUCUUAGGGCAUACACUCCAAGCCAGAACAACAUGUUAAUACUACAAGAAAGCUGUACAGACACAUUAACAUCACUAGUCGUAUACUGCCCAGUCGACUUGCCAGCAAUUAACAUAGCAAUGAAUGGUGAAGACCCGUCUUACAUUCCUUUACUACCAUCCGGUUUCAUCAUAACAACAGACGGCCACAACGAGAUAAUCACAUCCUCACAACUCAAUACAGACGGUGCUUCCACUAGCAACACGGACGUUGUCUCCAACGAUCAAGGUGUCACGUCAACUGGCUCAUUGGUUACCGUCGUUUUUCAAAUACAAGUAAGCAGUUUACCGGCUGCUAAAAUGAGCCCGGAAUCAUUAGCAACAGUUAAUAACUUGAUAACAAACACAGUACAUCAAAUUAAGGCUUCUUUAAAUGGAAGUUCUACUGCUACUACAACUAAUAAUUUAAUUAACUAAUUAAAAGCUAGUGGAUAUGCAUAAAAUGUCAAGUUUUUGAGAGGGGGGGUUAGUUGAGGAAGGUGUUAAAUGCAGCUGGUUUCAUCAUCAAUGGCAGAAGUUGAGUUAAUAUUAAUAUUAUUGCUGCAUCAUCCUGCUACACUGUGGCUGUGGCUCUCUGUCAUACUUCAUUUACCAUCUUCAACUACUACACAUUCAUUUACAUUU